UGCGACAGUAGGGGCAGUGUCGCAAGUGUAGUAGGUUAGGUUGGUAGCCAGCAAGAUGACAUGUUGAUAGCCGCCCACAUUGGGUACUGUUCGAAUGUGAACGUCAUUGCAACUAUUUAAAUAUAUCGAUAGUGUGUCCGUCAUGACAUUGUUUCCCGUGCUUAUUUUGGUUGUGAAACAAUUUCGCGUUGAGGAGCCUGUGUGUCAGAUGUGAUGUCACAGCUAGCAGCCUGUAUUUUAGCAUCGUGGGACGUGUAAAAUGUAAGCAGACAACAACGGGGCUCGUUUGUAUCCCAAAUAGCCAACUACGGUCGCGCUCGAGGUAGUUUCGAAGAGACAAACAUUUUUCGAGAUUGCAUGCGGAUAUCGGUCUUGUGUCAUCAGAACAUUUUUUUGUGUGAGAGGAGUGUGUUCGUCUCCCGUGUGAGGAAGUGGGAUGUGGCCAGAGUGUAUUAAUGUUGCCGACGAAGAUAUGAAAAUCAUUGUAGCAGUGCUUUUGGAGCCUCGCUACAUUGUAAAUACUAGGUUAGACUUGGUGCUUAACGCGAGCCCAUUUGACGAAUUCGAUGAAGACAUCCGUCGGUGUUCGAAAUCGUGCUGGGGCCGCUCUGAUUACAUAAUAUCAACAUGUGAAUUAUAGAUUGGCUAUUUUUAUUUUAUUUUUUUGAAAACCAUCGAUUUGCUAAUGUCAACUCAACGUCAGACAGUGGACUCAUCUUUAGCUUUGGGAAGACUGGAAAUCAAUAGUCCCAUGCUGAACCUGGGAACUUGCCUCUCCGGCUCAGUGAAAGAGAAGACCGCUCAGGGAGGAUCGCAGGCGGCGCACCUGAACGGAUGUGUGCCACUCUCCCAUCAGGUGGCCGGUCAUAAGUAUGGCGUUGAUAAAGUAGGCAUAUUGCAACAUCCUGAUGGCACAGUACUCAAACAGCUCCAGCCCCCUCCCCGAGGUCCUAGAGAGAUGCAGUUCUACAGCAUGGUCUACGCCGAGGACUGCUGUGAUCCGUGUCUGUUGGACCUUCAGCAUCACCUCCCCAAAUACUUUGGCGCCUGGUCCUCUCCUGAAUCUCCUAACGAGCUGUACCUGAAACUUGAGGAUGUUACUCGGCGGUUCCAGAAGCCCUGUAUUAUGGACGUGAAGAUAGGCCAGAAGAGCUACGAUCCCUACGCCUCCUACGAGAAGCGGGACCAGCAGAUCAAGAAGUACCCGCUAAUGGAGGAGAUUGGCUUCCUGGUUCUCGGAAUGAGGGUGUACAAGGUGAACUCUGACGGCUAUGACUCGUAUGACCAACAUUACGGACGAGGCCUCCUCAAGGACACUGUCAAAGACGGUUUAUCAAAAUUCUUCUAUAAUGGGACGAGUCUGAGGAAAGACGCCAUCACUGCCAGUAUCCUGAAGGUCCAGAACAUCCUGAGAUGGUUCGAGGGCCAGAUCCAGUUAACCUUCUAUGCCAGCUCCUUAUUGUUUGUAUACGAGGGCCAGCCUCCUCCCAACCCGGAGGGCCACAUCACCAGGGGCCUACCAGAGAAGACCACGUCUGCCGCCUGCUGCGAGCCCAACGAGGACGUACUGGAACACAACAACAACGUCUGCGCUGCCGUGCCGCUCGACUACAGCCUGUCCACCAUGUAUGCCAUGCACAAGAAGAGCUGCACCCGGGGUCACCAUGGCAACGUCACCGCCACCGGCGGCAACGCCAUGACAGACCCCAACCCCCAGGCGCACAACAGCACGUGGAAGUGCCCAGGUCUGGUGUCGUCGGAGCAGCCCAACGGCAACGGUUUCAAAGCACGACUGGAAGAAGAGGAAGUGGGGGAGGGAGGCCGGGGGGAGCCGCAGCCAGAGCAGAGGGCCAGCGAAGUGGAGGUGAGGAUGAUUGACUUUGCUCACGUCUUCCCCAGCGAGAGCCAGGACCGAGGCUACAUCUAUGGCCUGAAACACUUGCUGGAGGUGCUGCAGCAGAUCCUCCACCAAUAACCUUCUUUCUCCAGUGGUUUGUCUUGUCUCUCAUUGGUCAAGUGUACCUAAUCUGUGUUUUACAGUCCCAGUCCCUCACCCCCUCGCCCCGUGAUUCACUGCACUAUAUGCACUAUAUCAAUGAAGUCAUUUCUCCAUAACUCUUUGUUCGACGUAUGUGCUUCUUGAUUCUUAACCACUGUUAACAGGUAUCUAACUCAGGUAAACUACUGUAAUCAAUACUCAAAUGAUUAUCCCUAAAGAGUACCCUUGUUUUGUUGGCUUGCGUAUGAUAUGUUGUAUAAUUUUUAUAUAAUUAAGUGAUGUCUUUUUCUUUUAUUUCUGAUCCUUUUUGUCUUUUUAAUUGUCCCAGAAUGAUUUGUAUUUAUCCAUUUUAAGUUAUACUCAGAGGGUAAGUACUUUCAGCAUUGCUGUUCUCUAUCUAGCUAUAUGUUUUGCUUCCAAAUUGCCUUACCUGAUCUUCUUAACUUCUUAACCUGUAUCCUUGCAGUGGUACUUGUUCAUGAUUGACUUUCAAGAUUAUAUUAAUCUCGGAAAACAAGAACUAAAGUCUUGUUUAGUUGUGUCAGAUGCUCUGUGAAGUUCUCGGGGAGAUGUUAAAAGAUACUAACACGACUUGUGAAGUCCCCCUCCCCCCCCCUCCCCCCAACAGAAACACUUGUGUCAGACAAGUCUAUGGGCCAAAUGUCCCCUUCCCGAAAUUCGAAAGAUCCGAGAGCACCUGUGAAAUCGUGAUUUGUCCAAACGAUUAGUGACACAAAAUCAGCAUUGCACAAAAGAGUUCCUCGUUAGGUCAUCACAUCCCAGUCUGUCGACAGAUGCUACCGCCGUUUCUGUUGCGUGCACCUUUCCAACGAGAGCUGAAGGUGAUCCGUAUGCCGUAGAUUGUCCUCCCUCUGCCCGCUACACUGUGUGUCAUGGUCUGUUCAAUUGUGAAGAAAUUGCAAUACGCUGCUGUGAUGACAAUGAAUUCACAGACUGACCAGAGAGAGAUUUUGAGUUUGUUUUAUCUAGUGAUUCAUGUUCAGAGGGAUAGAAUGCCAAAGUACUGGGUCUUUUUUUUUUUUUUGUUGGAGAGGGAGCAAGGUCUGGAUAGAGUUCUGAACUUGAAGGCCUGGAGGUAGAUUAGAUCCUCGUGGUGUUGUCUCUACCCCGACAAUGCUUCCGCAGUGUGAUCUCUAUCAAGAUAUUGUCAAUCGUUUCAGUGAAGAGAAAUGUUGUUUUUCAUUUGCUUCUUCUUAAUAACCCUGAUAGCUAUAGAAUGUUUGCAAUUAUUUGAACAGACGAUACGCUGAUCUUUUCACAGAUACGCUGACCGUGCUACAUUUUUGUUUGAUUUUUAAACUAAUACCAAAAGACACAUUUAUUUUGGAUGAUAAUCUUAUCAGUCAAAAAAACCUUGACGAUUUAGUACAUAUUUUAAAUGGUGAGGAACAACCUUUGAGAGAUGUUUACAGUCUUUUGAAGAUAUUUUGACUUAUUAUCACUGCCUUAUUUCUUUCUACUCCAUAUAUUCAUUUCAAAACGUUCAUUCUGGCAGCUUUACAUUUACUCAAAAUGUCUUCAUUUUAUUGUUCCAACAACUCCUUAGCAAGCGACCAGCUUCAGCAUUUUGCAACAGGGCCAUUGUUUAUUUGAGUAAAAUUCCCCAAAUUGUAGGUAAAGAACGGUUGGUAAUGGAUUUACAUUACAGUGACACUGUCUUCAUUAAGUAACUCCUAACCCAUUUAUAAGCACAUUCAAUUUUUUUUUUAAACAUUUCAUAACAUUCUGUUUUAUAGAUGUGCUAUAAGUGGUCUGUUUCUGGAGGUGCAGUAAUGUCCGUCGUUACUGAAUAAGGUACCUCCUAAGAUGGUUGUUUACUAUUGACACCCUCGGCAGCUCUUAUGGAAGUUGUAAUACAUUAGCGCCACAACAGGUAGAUGGGACUCUAUACAAGGACUUUACGUUUCAUCUGGGUGAAGUCAAAAUGACGACUUGUUCUACAAUGAAUUGAAAUCUCUUGUUUACACACCGGUUCUAUUUUUUUCUUCUUUCUGGGUGUCUUCGUAAAGUUAGUGGGCAAGAAGUUAACAAAUUGUUUUGGUUUGUGUUUGCUGAAGUCUGCUAUUCUUUAAAAAAAAAUAAAAAAAAAUAAAUGCACUGAAAAACAAAUGAAUAUAGCUAAUGUAUCAAAUCUGUCCCUUUGCUGUGAACUAACCAAUGACUUUCCCAUUGUGGGAAUGUUGUUUAGUUUAUCCACAAAGUGGUUUUUAUAUAAUACCUGACUGAAAUGUUUAAGUUGGUGUAUUGAAACACUCAUGUGGCAUUUGGCAAGACUGGAUUUUGUCUUUUAGACUUGAGCUAAUCAGAAGUGAGUUAUCAUUUAUUGUAUAUACAGGACAAACUCAAUUUCUCUCAGAUUUUUUGCAACAAACUGUAGCUAAGUAAUCCGAUGAUUUGAUUGGGUUAUCGAAUCAACAACUUAUUUUCCAGCUUGUUGUAAUUAUUGUUCUGAACCCUUACUUACAAAGGCUGCAUACCAAAGGGUAGCCCAAUUCAGAAAUGUAUUUACAAAUUGGUCUUUUAACCAAUCAGAUCAGUCCUGAAAAAUAUCUGACGUGAUCAGUCAAAAGACCAGUUGGUGGAAAAACACAUCUGAAUUGGGCUGCCUGUUUUAAACUCAGCCAUAUUCUCAGAGUAUGAGUGACAAGGUGUAUUCAGUUCGCUUGAACCUUUGCUACGUUGCGAAACGGUUUGUACUAAACGACACAUUUCUCCCAAACAUUCUUGUACGCUUUUGAAAAGACCGGUACGUUUGCUCCCAUUUGGUGGGUGCGGUGUGGUUUGAAGCAAUGAGUGACGUGUUUAAAAGAGCAGUGGCCAUGCUGACAACAUUCCACAACCCAACCCCCUCCCCGUUUUAACUGGUCGUCCAGUACAGCACCGUUUCCAUUCAAUUGAACGUUCUAAAACGUAAAAACCUACUAAACGCAGCCCUGACAUAGGAUCAGUUCUGCCUACAUUUGGCAUAAUUAAUAUGAUUUAUAUGGAGAGGUGGGACCUGAACCGAGAUCAACACUCCUACUCUGAGACGCUUUGUAAAUAUGGGUCUUGGGUUUCAUUGAUCCUUGGCUGGUCUCAUGCUUCUUCCUGUGGUCUGGAAUAAUAUGGAGUAUAGUAUCAGUGCUGUCAGAAUGUUCUAUCUCCUCCCAUUUGUUCUGCUGUCUGUCCAUCCCGGGGGAAUGCUGAUCUGUUCUGACGUAUACAGUAACAUAAUAUGCAGGGGAAAUGAUGACGUGUAUCUGCUGUUUCUCUCUCAUAUCGGAUUGAAAUUGAUGACUAAUUACUACUUUUUGUAAAUGACCUAUAUGAGAAUGUAUAAUAGGAGAGAUUCAAUAAUGGCUGUAUAUUUGGCAGAUUAUUAUUACUAAUAAAAUUCCCAAUGAAAUUUGGGUUCUUUUCAA